AUGAAAAAAGACUGUAACAAUUCAAAAUUCAGGAAACAUGGAAUUCUCUUUAGCAUCCUAGACCAAAAACGUAAACGUCACGCAGUGCACAGGAGUUAUUCAGGGAUGCACAGCUGUCAAUGUGAGCGUUUAGUGUGCUUAAGAGACCCCGAGACCACCUGUACCACCGCUUUUAUGGUCCUGAUGAAAACUUUUCACUUUAUGAAGAAUUUACCUUCAUUCCAACAUCUGCCGGUUAAUGAUCGCCUCAUUCUUCUUCACAGCCAUUGGGUACCACUCUUUAUUCUAGGACUCGCUCAAGAGCGCUUCUCCUUUGAGGUGCAGGACUUCCUUGCUGCCAGCAUCCUCAGAAAUAUACUGCUGAAUAGCCCAGAGAGAAACCACCGCUAUCUACCCACCCUGGCAGAAGUCAGCAAGCUCAAGUCUUUCCUAAAGACACUCUGGAGCCUAGACCCGAGUAUAAAAGAGUAUGCGUAUAUCAAGGGUGCCAUAUUAUUCAAUCCAGGUGUUCCCGGGCUGCAGAGUUCAGCAGUAAUAGCAGAACAUCAUGAGGAGCUGGAGAGAGCUCUGCUCCCGGUUAAUGUUACAGGACACCCCAGAGAUCAGCACAGAUUCACAGACAUCCUGACCACAGCCAGCUCUCUACAGACAGAGGCUCAAAGCCUGGUGACAGAACUCUUUAUCAGACCCAUCACAGGCCAAAUUCAUCUCCAACAACUCUUCAAUGAUGUUUCACAAUAA